AUGUCUGAUCCUAUCAAGAAGGUCGUUGUCCUCGGGGCGACAGGCAACGUCGGCAGACCCAUCACCACGGCGCUCGCCGAGGCCGGCUACAGCGUGACGGCGGCGUCGCGCACCCCGGGCCUAAAGUUCCCCGACUCGACAAACAUCGUGUCCGCCGUCGUCGACUACACCUCGCCGGAAGCACUGACGGCGCUCUUCACGGGCCAGGACGCCGUCGUCGAAGCCAUCCCCCCCAACGCGCUGCACUUGCAGGCGACCAUCGUGGAUGCGUGUCUCGCCGCGGGCACUGUCAGACACAUCAUCACGCCGGACUUUGCGUGCGACACGUUCAACGAGCACAUCACCGAGUUGGCGCUGUACGUGCCCAAGGUGGAGGCGCAGAGGGUCUUGGAGGGGAAGUUGAAGGGCUCAAAGGUGAACUGGAGCGCCAUCAUCACUGGGGGGUGGUAUGAUUGGGCAAUCCCUCUAGGCUACUACUGGAUCAACCCGCGCACAAACACCCUCGUGGUCUACGGCAGCGGCAACCAGCGCAACAGCAUGUGUCGCGUCUCCACCGCCGCCCAAGCCGUGUGCGACGUCCUCAGCGAACCCGAAAAACACGCCAACCGCCCCGUCUACGUGGCCGACCACACCGUCAGCAUGAAUGAGCUGAUCCCAAUCCUCGAGGAGAUCAAGCCCGGAUGGCAGAUCGAGCGGGUCGAUCUGGACGAGUUCUUCGCCACGGCGAAGAAACUGUGGGACGAGGACACGGAGAAAGGGGUCGAGGUGCGCUUGUUGACUCCUGGGACGUACGGCAUCUUCGAGGAAACCAACCGCUACAACGCCGACUUUGGCCACUUGAUCGAACCGGGGUCCGGGUAUCAGAAAACCCUCGAAGAUUUGAAGGAGGAGUUGAAGACGCUUGUCACAUAA